AUGAAGCGCAAGCUCGAUAAGAACGACAGGCCGUCCUCUGGGGCCGACUCGGAGCAGAAGCCAGCAACCGAGAAGCCCGAGGCAGAGUUUUCCUUUACUGACCUAGGCCUCGAUCCUCGAUUGCUCCAAGCCAUCGCGAAGCAGAAAUUUGAGAAGCCCACGCUCGUGCAACGCAAAGCCAUUCCAUUAGCACUCUCCGGCCAAGAUGUCCUGUGCAAGGCCAAGACGGGAUCUGGAAAGACCGCGGCCUACGUGCUGCCUCUUCUCGCCUCCAUCCUGAAGAAAAAACAGACUACAACAACGGCAUCAACUUCGGCGCUUGUCCUUGUCCCGACACGUGAACUUGCCGACCAGAUAUUCAAGGCCAUCGAACAAUUCGCUUCCUUCUGCGCCAAGGAUAUCCAAGCAGUGAAACUUACCGACAAGCUCACCGACGCCGUUCAGAGAAGUCUCCUGUCCAACUCCCCGGAUAUCGUUAUUUCUACACCUGCGAGAGCCUGGCACAAUGUCAACUCAUCCGCAUUGUCGCUGGAUAAUCUUAUUUGUCUGGUGUUGGACGAGGCAGAUCUCAUGCUCUCUUACGGUUAUGAUGAGGACAUGAAGAACCUUGCAAAACUGGUACCCAAGGGCGUCCAGACGAUCAUGAUGAGCGCUACACUCUCCGCUGAAGUUGAUGCCCUCAAGGAAAUCUUUUACCGCGACCCUACUCUCCUGGAUCUUGAGGAACCUGAGGCAGACGGUGAGGGUAUCAGCCAUUUCGUGGUCAAGUGCGGUGAAGACGAGAAGUUCCUUCUUGCAUACGUUAUCUUCAAGCUCCAAUUGAUCAAGGGGAAAUGCAUUAUUUUCGUCGCCGACAUCGACCGAUCCUACAGGCUUAAACUAUUCUUUGAGCAGUUCGGAAUUCGAAGCUGUAUUCUAAACUCGGAGCUGCCGGUCAAUUCGAGGAUACAUGUGGUGGAGGAAUUCAACCGCAACGUGUAUGAUAUCAUCAUUGCCUCUGACGAGAAGAGCGAGAUGCUCAACGUCGACCCAGAAGAUGAGGCUGAGGAUGACAAGAAGGGCGAGGAGAAGGAGGAGCAGUCUAAGCACCCCAAGAAGAGGCGCAAGGUCGCAAAGAGAGACUCGGAAUACGGAGUUUCGCGAGGCAUUGACUUCAAGAACGUCGGAACCGUCAUAAAUUUCGACCUCCCCACCACAGCCUCCUCCUAUACUCACAGAAUAGGAAGAACUGCUCGCGCUGGGAAGAACGGCAUGGCGCUAUCGUUUGUGGUUCCUGAGGCGUUGUACCGUAAACAUAUGCCCACCACGGUUGAUACUGCGGAGAAGGACGAGAAGGUGCUGGCAAGGAUUAUACGCCAGCAAAAGAAGAUUGGUAAAGAAGUCAAUGACUACAACUUCAACAAGGAGCAGGUGGAGGCGUUCCGGUAUCGAAUGAAUGAUGCCCUCAGAGCUGUCACCAAGGUUGCGGUCCGAGAGGCUAGGACGAGAGAGCUGAGACAAGAGCUCUUGAAGAGCGAGAAGCUCAAACGUUAUUUCGAGGAAAACCCAGCAGAGCUGCAUCACGUACGGCACGACGGAGAGUUGCGAACGGCAAGGUCUCAACCCCAUCUUAAGCACGUGCCGGACUAUCUUCUCCCCAAAGACGGGAAGAAGGGUCUUACCUCGGAAGAAAUUGGGUUUGUGCCGAUGAGAAAGAAGGAUAGGUCGCGACACCAUAAGAAGGGGAAGCGAGGAGUGAAGGUUGGGGGCAGAAGGGCCGAUCCUCUGAAGACCUUCAAGGCAAGACGGAAGACGAAAUAG